AGGAGCAGGCCACUCCUUUCUUGACUCAAGAACUUCUUCCCUUUUUUUAUUUCUGCUCUUUUGGCAUCAUGGGGUUCAGUGGGAAAUAUGAGCUUGAGAGUCAAGAGAAUUAUGAGGAUUUUCUGGAAGUAGUUGGUCUUCAAAAUGCCAAGACAGACCACAAGGCGGUGACUGAAGUGGUGCAAGACGGGAAUAACUUCACCUGGACACAAACCAUCCCGAACUGGACCUGGUCCAAUACAUUUAUUGUUGGUCAAGAAUGUGAGCUGACGACGAUGACAGGAUCCAAAUUCAAGGCACCUGUAACUAUGGAAGGCAACAAGAUUUCAUGUCAGUUCCCUCAGUACCUCUUCACAGCAGAGAUCGUUGAUGACAAGCUAGUAAUGACUUGCGUAACUCCAGGAGAGAAGGGUGUAACCUUCAAAAGAAUCAACAAGAGGAUCUAACACCGCGAGACUCAACACGCUUGGAUGGAAAAGAGGCUGCAGAAGGUGAAGCAUGACAGUGCCUGUUAAAUGGGCCGAGGAAGAGCGUCGCUGGGCCUCACGGGUCUGAAACUUGGGCCCAACACAGCAGAAGUGGCCAAACAACAUUAUGUACUGUAUUUUUAAACAGUGUUCAUUUUUGAUCCAAUGAACAUCUCCCGUUUUACCUUCAAAGUGCUAAUGAUCUGCCACUGUGCUCUGAUUUUGAAAGUCAACAUAUUUUCCAUCCACUUUCUUUAUGUGUUGUUUUACAGCCUUUUUUUUUACUUGUAUGUCUCAUUCAUGUGAAAUCAUAAGCAGAGGGUGAUCUCUUACAUGGUUUAGACUGAAUGAUUGUUUUUCAUGAUUAUUAAACUAUGAUUUGAAUAACUAA